AAACACACCUGAAAAAAAGUUGUCUCCUCCUCAGGCUGCAGAGGCACAUUCGUCAGAGUGAGAAAAGGAUUUUCUCUCACUGAUGAAAUACAGAUGGCGUCUCCAUGGAGUGCACGCCUGUUGUUGUGUGUGCACAUUGAAGCGCAUGCAUGUUUGCGUAUAAAAAGCAUCUGUUCGAUGCAAUUGUGGCCAUUUGAAGCCACGAGCUGAAGGCAGGAAGGACCAUCCGAAUAACAACCACAGGAUUAUGUUGGGUUUAACUUUGCUGUGGAAUUCAUCCCUCCAGUCUGCAGCCAUCAAGGAAACCUGCUGUAUCAAACUCGCCUCUCUGCCCCCCCUGGUCUCCAUCUUCAGUGAUGGCUGAGUGGAGUUGGGUGGCGUACACAGCACUAGAGGUGCUUAUUGCUGUGGCCUGCUGCCUCGGUAAUGUGUUGGUAGUGUGUGCAGUGUGUAUCGGUAUCCGGGAUUCCCUCCGCGAGCCCACCUUUUGCUUCCUCGUCUCCCUGGCAGUGGCUGACUUCCUAGUGGGCGUGGCCGCUGUGCCCCUGGCUGUACUGUUGGACGGCUGGGUGAGUGUGACCCCUGACCUGUGCCUAUUUCUCAGCUGUGUCGUGCUGGUGCUGACUCAGGCCUCUGUGCUGUCACUGCUUGCUAUCGCUGUGGACAGAUACCUCCGGUUACACACGCCGCUCAGAUACAAAGCCCUUGCCACACAGAGGCGUACAUGGAUGGCCGUGUCUAUGUGCUGGAGUCUUUCCUGUCUGCUGGGGUUCACCCCUCUGUUUGGCUGGCGCAACGACUCCUCUAUGGCAUCUGAUUCCACCAAUACCUCCUCCAGCUCUCCCCCCUGCACCUUCCUCUCAGUCAUCUCCCUCCCCUUCAUGGUCUACUUCAACUUCCUGGGAUGUGUCAUGGCACCCCUGCUGGUCAUGACUCUUCUCUACACAAGAAUCUUCUGGAGCUUGCAGGGCCGUCUCAAGGACAGCUGUCCUCAAGCCCAGGCCUCUCUGCUCAGAGAGAAGAGGCUGGCCUGCUCGCUGGCUCUGGUUCUCAUUUUGUUUGCCGGCUGCUGGAUUCCUCUGCACCUGAUGAACUGUCUGCUGCUGUUUCAAGGCCCUCAGGCUGUCACACAGGGGACACUCUAUACAGGUAUUCUCCUGUCUCACGCCAACUCUGCAGUCAACCCUGUGGUCUACGCUUGUCGCAUCCCAAAGAUCCAGCAGGCCUACAGUCAAAUUUGGAGGCGCCUCCUUGUGAGGCUGAACUGCCACCAUGGAGACAAGUUCAUUUGCUGCUCAAUAACAGGCGGCAGAGCCAAUCGCACAGAGACGCGUGGCUCAGGAGGGACGACCACGCCCUGA